AACACCCUCACUGACUGACGAAGCCUGCGAAAUGUGCUGAACACUGAGGGAUGCACAAACAACACCUAGAGACUGAAUCACAGGAUACACGAACUUAUCCUGUCUUCAACAUACUCUAUCCUUCCAUACUUGUGGCUGCCAUUGUUUUGUACUGACAAGUAACGACAAGAAUCUAGUUCCCUCGUUUCUGAAGAAGAGUGAAGAUGCUAAACCCAGCGACUCGUGUCUGAAACGAAACCGAGGAGUCGAAUAAUGUUGAGGAUAAUUUCGUGGUCGACUAAACAGGCAAAAACGAAAGAAAAUAUCUGUUUUUUUGUGUCUAAUGGCCGUGUUUGGAGCGGUGUUUAGGCUGUGAGCGGAGUGAUGAAGGCGGUGCGGAUGAGGCUCUUUUUUUGGCGGUUAUGUGUCUGCGCCGGACUCCUCGCCCUCAGCAGACUUCUUCACCAAACAGGCCACCUUGAAAAGGAUUUCGAUGUCAUUUGGUCAAAACGAAAACUGACUGAGCAGGGUGGAGAGGAAAACCAGACGUCCAGCGAACCCCGAACUGCGAUCAAUGAAUUUCCUGAAGAUGUCUUCACCAAGGAGCAGAGAAGGCAUGGCGCGUUGCUGCUUCACGUUCUGUGUGCUGUGUACAUGUUCUACGCCCUUGCCAUCGUCUGUGACGUGUACUUUGUACCAUCUCUGGAAAAGAUCUCCAAGAACCUGCACUUGAGUGAGGAUGUCGCAGGAGCUACAUUUAUGGCCGCAGGAAGUUCAGCACCGGAGCUUUUCACAUCACUGAUUGGUGUAUUCAUCACCAAGGGAGAUGUAGGAGUCGGGACUAUAGUGGGCUCAGCAGUUUUUAAUAUCCUAGUCAUCAUUGGUGUGUGCGGCAUCUUUGCCGGCCAGAUGAUUUCUCUUACAUGGUGGCCUCUAUUACGAGACUGUGUUUACUACAUCUUCUCCGUCUUAGCCUUGAUCCUGGUCAUUUAUGAUGAAAAGGUCCUCUGGUGGGAGUCUGUAAUCCUUAUAUCCAUGUAUGGAGUUUACAUCCUAAUCAUGAAAUUUAACAGCCAGAUCUGGAGCUGGGUGGAACUGAGGUGUGGGGUGCCCGGGCAUCAGUGUUUGGUCAGCAGUAUACAGCGAGAUAUGUCAGCCGGAGAGGCUACCGCACAUUCGGACACUUCUAUGAUUCUGGUGAAGAAAGGUCAGUGUGCGGUUGAUCAGGACUCUCCAGUGGUGAUGGUGGAUGACCUGACGAGUCUACACCCUCACCAGUUCUCCUUGUCAGAGGCAAGCCUCCGUAUCAUGAUCACCCCUUACUUCUCCCCCCGCACACGCCUCAGCAUGGCUGGACGCAUGCUCAUCGCCAAGAGGCAGAGGCUGAUCAGAAGCCGGUGCUCAGGGGACAGUAUCAGCGGCGCCGCAGACAUUCCCACCCAAGAGAGCUCAGGGACCGAUGCAGCACCCUGGGUCCUGGAAAACGGCGACACCGUGGACGGUGACACGCAACCUUUAGAGGAGCCGAGGACGAGGGGCGAAGCAGGAACGACAGACAGGGGAGAGGAUGCAGAGGACAUGCAGCCCAAAGAGACGGACGAGGAUGACGAGACGGAGCAUGAACAACCCUUGAGCCCUCUGAUUGUUCCAGGAGGGCGCUGUGAAAAAGCAAAGUGGUUGUUUUCUUGGCCUUUAAUCUUCCUGCUGUAUUACACUGUUCCUAACUGUGCUCUGACACGCUGGGAGCGCUGGUUCAUGGUCACUUUUGUGCUGUCCACUCUCUGGAUUGCAGUAUUCUCCUACCUCAUGGUUUGGAUGGUCACUAUUAUCAGCCACACACUGGACAUUCCUGAUGUAAUUAUGGGCAUCACGUUUUUAGCAGCGGGCACCAGCGUCCCAGACUGCAUGGCUAGUCUCAUAGUCGCCCGUCAAGGUAUGGGUGACAUGGCUGUGUCUAAUUCAAUCGGCAGUAACAUUUUUGACAUUCUGUUGGGUCUCGGGUUCCCAUGGGCUCUGCGAACGCUUGUGGUGGAUUAUGGGUCUACGGUGUCUAUUAAUAGCAGGGGGCUGGUGUAUUCAGUCAUUUUACUUCUUGCUUCAGUCUUUCUCACAGUUCUCAGUGUACAUCUUAAUAAUUGGAGACUGGACCGAAGAUUAGGUCUGGGUCUUAUGGUCCUCUAUGGUGUCUUUCUUUUCUGCACCGUCUGCUUUGAAAAGCUUUAGAUCAGCUCAGAUCAGACUUAACUACUAUGAAUUUUACUGACUAAAACAUUUGAUUAGUCAUUAAACAUCAGAAUG